AUGGCAGAAGCACAAGGCGUCUGGCCGCACAAGGUGACCUACCAGACGCGAUGGCUGGACAACGACCAGUACGGCCACCUCAACAACUCGUCGUACUACCUCAUUGCGGAUAGCAUCAUCAAUGCGUAUCUGGUCAACGCGUGCGGGAUUCAGCCAUUCAUUUAUCCCUCUGCCACUUCCUCACCCUCUGUGCCACCAUCUGCCUCCUCCACUGGGGCGACCAGCGCGCCAACGAUCCCGGCCAAACCACCUACGCCCACCAGCCCGGCCCCGCAAUCGAACGACGUAGACGCAGCCUCGAUCGUCGGUCUGGUCAUCAGCAACUCCUGUCGCUACUUUGCCUCGGCCUCCUUUCCCGCCCCGCUGGACGUGGGGAUGCGAGUGAUCAAGCUCGGCACCUCGUCCGUAACCUACCAGGCGAGUAUCGGCGAGCAAGGGGGACAAACGGCAGCGGUGAUCACAUCGACACACGUAUUCGUCGACAGGCAUACGAGGAGGCCGGUCAAGAUGCCAAAAGCGGUGCGGGAGCCGUUGGCAAAGCUGCUCGUCGAACUGCCGAAGGAGUCCAAGUUGUAG